GGACAGAAGGGGCGUCCCGGCGUGGGGUGCGUCGGCCGGGUAGCCACUGCGGAAGGCCGGGGCGGUGCGUGUGGCCGCGGCCUCCUGCCUCCGUCGCGGGCCGGCGCGAGGAGGGGGUCGCGGAGCCCGCGCGCUUCUCCGCCUGGGGACUGUCGCGGUGAAUGCGGGCACCGCCGUCAGGACCCGGGGGGUCGCGGAGGUGCCCGGGCGCCGGCCGCUCUUCUAGAGCACCGCCCGUCGGCGCGGUGGCAGGAGCCGUGUUUACACCCGGUGUCCCUGCGUGGCUCCGCGGGUGCGUGCGUGCAGGUGUGUGUGCGCGUGCGCGCGCGUGCCGGCCCAUCCCAGGGCUCCGGGUACAUCCGCAAGAGGUUCGGGUCAGGAGGAGGAAGGAGAUGGUUCGGAGGGAAGAAGGAAGGCGAGUUGAAAGCAGCAGGAUGUGGUAUGAAGAGUUUAACAAGCCUCUGCGCCGAGAGGAGGUUUGGCGAAAUGAGGGCUAAAAGUAGGCCAGGUCGGCCGGGCCCGGAAGGCCCCUUCUGGGCUGCCCUUCGCUUCCUCCCUUCGCUCCUCGCUGCAACUUCUGAUCCUCCCUCUUGCUCCUGGCCUAGACCACCUGGCGAUGACUCAGGAUGCAGCCAGGGGCCACGACGUGCACGGAGGACCGUAUCCAGCAUGCCCUGGAGCGCUGCCUGCAUGGCCUCAGCCUCAGCCGCUGUUCUACCUCCUGGUCAGCCGGGCUGUGUGUCAACUGCUGGAGCCUGCAGGAGCUGGUCAGCAGGGAUCCGGGCCACUUCCUUAUCCUCCUGGAGCAGAUCUUGCAGAAGACUCGAGAGGUCCAGGAGAAGGGCACCUAUGACCUUCUCGCCCCCCUGGCUCUGCUUUUCUACUCCACUGUUCUCUGCACACCACACUUCCCGCCAGAUUCAGAUCUCCUUCUGAAAGCAGCCAGAACCUACCACCGCUUCCUGACCUGGCCUGUUCCCUACUGCAGUAUCUGCCAGGAGCUGCUCACCUUCAUUGAUGCUGAACUCAAGGCCCCAGGAAUCUCCUACCAGCGGCUGGUGAGGGCCGAGCAGGGCCUGUCCAUCAGGAGUCACCGCAGUUCUACUGUCACCGUGCUGUUGUUGAACCCGGUGGAGGUUCAGGCCGAGUUCCUCGCCGUGGCCAAUAGGCUGAGUGCACCCGGCCACUCGCCCCACAGCGCCUACACCACGCUGCUCCUUCACGCCUUCCAGGCCACCUUCGGGCCCCACUGCGACCUCCCAGGCCUGCACUGCAGGCUGCAGUCCAAGAGCCUGGCCGAGCUGGAAGACAUCUUCACGGAGACCGCGGAGGCACAGGAGCUGGCAUCCAGCAUCGGGGACGCGGCCGAGGCCCGGCAGUGGCUCAGGACCAAGCUGCAGGCGGUGGGAGAGAAAGCCGGCUUCCCUGGAGUCUUAGACACCGCCAAACCCGGCAAACUCUGCACCAUCCCUAUCCCGGUGGCCAGGUGCCACACCUGCAACUGGAACCAGGACAGCUUCGACGUCCUGCAGGAAAUCCUGCUCCAAGAACAGGAGCUGCUCCAGCCAGGGAUCCUGGGGGACGAGGAGGAGGAGGAGGAGGACGAUGACGACGACGACUUGGAAACAGAAGGGCAUUGCGCCCAGAGGGACUCCCUGCUCUCCACCAGCUCCGCGGUCUUCCACGACUCCACCCUGUCCCUUGCCUCCUCCCAGGCCUCAGAGCCCACCCUGUCCCGCCAGCUGCUGACCUCCUUCGUGUCAGGCCUCUCGGACGGCGUGGACAGCGGCUACGUGGAGGACAGCGAGGACAGCUCCUCCUCGGAGUGGCCCAAGAGGCCUGGCGGCCAGGGGCACCGGCUCCACCGCCGGCCGGGGCAGAAGUUCAAUAGGAUCUAUAAACUGUUCAAGAGCACCAGCCAGCUGGUGCUGCGGCGGGACUCCCGGGGCACGGAGGGCGGCGCGGACGCAGCCCUGCCCCUGCGGCGGGCGGGGAGCCUCUGCGGCCCCCUGGACGGCGCGGCCCCGCCGCCGGCCUCCCGGCCCCAGCGCUCCCGCUCUCUGCCGCAGCCCAAGCUCAGCGCCCAGCUGCCCAGCUGGCUCCUGGCCCCCGCCUCCCGCCACCAGCGCCGGCGCCCCUUCCUGAGCGGGGAUGAGGACCCCAAGGCGUCCACGCUCCGCGUCGUGGUCUUCGGCUCCGAUCGGAUUUCGGGGAAGGUGGCUCGGGCCUACAGCAAUCUGCGGCGACUGGAGAACAACCGCCCCCUCCUCACGCGGUUGUUCAAACUCCAAUUCUUCUACGUGCCCGUCAAGCGGGGCUCCGGCGCCUGCCCCACCCCUGCGAGCCAGACGCCCCCACUCCCCGCGGACUCCCCUAGGCAACCCAGCCCUGCAGAGCUGGAGAGCACCAAUGAUAUCUCCCACUACCUCGGCAUGCUCGACCCCUGGUACGAGCGCAACGUGCUGGGUCUCAUGCACCUGCCGCCGGAGGUCCUGUGCCAGCAGUCUCUGAAGGCUGAAUCCCGGCCCCUGGACGGCUCCUCUGCCCAGCUGCCCAUCCUGGCGGACAUGCUGCUCUACUACUGCCGUUUCGCCGCCCGGCCCGUGUUGCUGCAGGUCUACCAGACGGAGCUGACCUUCGUCACCGGGGAGAAGAUGACAGAGAUCUUCCUCCACUCCCUGGAGCUGGGUCACUCUGCCGCCACACGUGCCAUCAAGGCUUCGGGUCCUGGCAGCAAGCGCCUGGGCAUCGAUGGUGACCGGGAGGCCAUCCCUCUAACACUACAGAUUAUUUACAGCAAGGGGGCCAUCAGUGGCCGAAGCCGCUGGAGCAGCAUGGAGAAGGUGUGCACGUCCGUGAACCUCAGCAAGGCCUGCCGGAAGCCGGAAGAGCUAGACUCCAGCAUGGAGGCCCUGACGCUAAACCUGACCGAAGUGGUGAAGAGGCAGAACCCCAAGUCCAAGAAGGGCUUCAACCAGAUCAGCACGUCACAGAUCAAAGUGGACAAGAUACAGAUCAUCGGCUCCAAUGGCUGCUCCUUCGCGGUGUGUCUGGACCAGGACGAGAGGAAGAUCGUGCAGAGUGUGGUCCGGUGUGAGGUCUCACCCUGCUACAAGCCGGAGAAGAGCGGCCUCCGCCCCCAACCCCAGAGGACCCCCGACCAGCCGGCCCAGGCCGCGCCGGACAUCUGCUCCCUCCUCUGCCUGCCAAUCAUGACGUUCAGCGGAGCUCUGCCCUAGUGGGGCCCUCACCAGCAGCGGGGAAGCCUCCUCGGAGCCCCUCCCCACGCAAGGGGGGUGCCCGUGAGGGUCUCGCUCCCUGGGGGGAACUGAACGGCCCUCUGUUGCAUUGGGUCCUGCUGUGGGUCCCUGCGGCUGGCAGGGGCUUGGCGGUUUCUGGGUCCUCGGGGCUCUGUUUAGGAAGGACACAGGCAUUAGGGAGGGCGCGGCUGGCCACGCAGCCCCUCAGAUCCCUCACGUAGACAGGAGAGGGAUGGAGGGGCUGACCUCCAAAGGCACCGGCCACUAGUGUGGUCUGGGAUCCUUUCUGGAAAGAUCUGAGCCUCUGGUGCUCUGGGGUGUGGCUUAGGCCUCCUGUCCCAACGUUGGCCAGGCCCCCCCUCACUUUGUCAAA